AUGGCGUCGCAAACACCAGUGCCGCGGCACGAGAUGCUCUCCCUGAUCCGCGAGGUCCAGAGCAACCAGCUGUUCAAUCGUCAACUGUCGUCCAUCUGCCAAGUCAACGGUCUCAAGAGCACCGGUGUCAAGGCGGACCUGCAACGACGCAUCAUCAACCUCAUCCAAGACUCGUCCAGCGACUCUUCUCGCUUCGCCCAAGUGAAGCAGAGCGUAGUCAACGCGUACGCCCAACGAAACGGAGGCGCGCCGACCACGACCACGACCCCGAUAAAGUCUCGAACGACCUCUUCUACCGCUCCUAAUAUACACUUUCCGCUGCCGAUGCCGUAUGGAAAUGGUGCUUCUGGCUUGUCGCAAGGCUUCGGUGCCCCGCGUAAUAAUAUCAUGUCCAGCCCAGCCCUGGCCUUCAAGACCAGCCCCUUCUAUCGCAUAGAAACCGUCAUCGGCGACGUUCGUAUUUGCGAAGCCAUGGCUCAACACCGAAAUACGAUGACAUUGCACAUUAGCACAAACAACCAUCCGGCACUGCAACAAUGCCUCGCCGACACGUCGUACAGAGUUUAUCUAUUCUGCGCGGGCGAAGCAAUCGGCGUACAAGAUAUUUCAUUUCCUCACCAAUCCGAAAUUAGGGUAAACGGAAGCGAGGUCAAGGCCAACUUGCGCGGGUUAAAGAACAAACCAGGGUCUACUAGACCAGUUGACAUAACACAAGCAUUGCGGCUAAAGCCAUCCAACUAUAUGAACACUGUAGAUUUCACAUAUGCUCUGACGACAAAGAAAUUCUACAUUUUAGCAAACCUCUGCCAAGUAUACACUGUCGCGGAGUUGGCCAAGGGAAUCUCCACGAGGCGGCGUAUUCCAAAAGAUUCGGUGAUUGCCGAGCUAAACAAAAAGGCCCAGGAUCCCGAUGUCGUGGCAACCUCGUCAGUUCUGUCGUUGAAGUGCCCGCUCUCGUACAUGAGGCUGGAUGUGCCUUGUCGCGGCAUGGGCUGCUCUCACAUUCAGUGCUUUGACGCGACAUCGUAUCUGCAGCUCCAAGAGCAAGGUCCGCAAUGGCUUUGCCCAAUAUGCAACAAGCCAACGCCUUAUGAGCAACUGGCAGUCGAUGAAUAUGUCCAAGAUAUUCUAGACAAAACCCCGAAGAGCUUGGAGGGAGUUACCAUUGAGCCUAACGGGCGAUGGCUCCUCAAGGCUGAAGAGCCAGAGAGCAACAACUUUCCCUCUGAAGCAUUUUUCGAUGAUGACGAUGACGACGAUGCUAUUGAGAUAUCGGAAAUCGGCAAUAUUCCGGUGCGGCCAGCGGAUAAGCUCCCCACGCCCAGCACACCGUCUCGGCAGAAUGGAGCAGGCACGAAGCGGCCUGCGCCAACAGUCAUUGAUCUCACAUUAUCGUCGGACGACGAGGAUGACGAACCCAUCCAGCGACCCUACAAACGGCAGAGCACAGUUACGAAUGGCUACAGUGGACCGAGUGGUUUGGUUUUCCCAAGCCUUCCUUCGCCGGGUCUCCCGCCAUUGUAA